UUUUCACAAUGCUAGUCUAUCAGGGAAAGCUUGAUAUUAUACAGCUGUUAAACCCAACCGUCACAAUGGGGCUUUCUGAAUAUAGGUUUAGUUGUUUUUGUGGCAAAAGGAACAAUGGAUUUGCAGCAAGGAUUUGAAAGAUUUAAAAAGAGAUUUUUGACAGAAAAGAAAGACGAGCAGGAAAUGGUGACUAUGAAUAGUCAAAUUGAUCUCAAAGGAAGAACUUUUGAAAAGAGAAAUCAAUCAGCCCAGCACUAUGUGAAUGGGCUGAAUGCACCGGAGGACGAGAGCUUAGGGACUGAAUCUCCUGGGGAUGAUCUGCCGAAUGAGAAUACUGUUGAUGGAGGAGAUGGAGGUGGUGGGGACAGUGAUGAAUGUGACACUGCUCGUGCAAGUACAUUUUAUGUCGACCAGCAAGAAAGCCCGGCACAUGAGGACCGGGGCCAGCUAAACCAUUUGUCUGCAGCAUUUGAGAGUCUGGAUUAUGACACGUGCAUCAAUUCUGUCUGGCUGGAUGAAGAAAGAACAAAAGGCUACACCUUCAUCGUGAAAAAGGAUGCUGCCCGUUGGCUUGUCGUCCUUAUAACUGGGGUGCUGACGGCGCUUGUGGCCUGUGCAAUUGACAUCACAAUAGAGUGGUUGUCCAAGUUCAAAUACUCGUGGUUAAAACAAUAUACGGAUGAGGGUGUGGAAAAUGAUACUCUUGCUAUUCCUUUUUUCCUUUGGGGUGCGUUAAAUGUUGGUCCAGUCUUAAUAGCAGCAUUUUUGGGAUCUUAUGUUGAGCCUGUGGCAGCAGGCAGUGGAAUCCCCCAAGUGAAGUGCUACCUGAAUGGUGUGAAGGUUCCCCGUGUGGUGAGAAUAAAGACGCUUGCAAGCAAGGCGUUUGGUGUCACAAUGUCAGUGCUUGGAGGAUUGGCUGUUGGAAAGGAAGGUCCAAUGAUUCACUCGGGUGCUGUCAUAGCAGCGGGAGUUUCUCAGGGAAAGACGACCUCCUUCCAGCGGGACUUUGGUUUCUUUGAGUACUUUCGGGAGGACCAUGAGAAGCGAGAUUUUGUAUCUGCUGGUGCUGCUGCGGGUGUAGCUGCUGCAUUUGGUGCUCCUGUUGGUGGUGUGCUGUUCUCCUUGGAAGAAGGUGCAAGUUUCUGGAACCAGAGCCUUACGUGGAGAGUGUUCUUUGGAGCCAUGAUGUCUGUCUUUACACUCAACUUGGUCCUCUCAGCAUACAAUGGGGUUCCUGGAAAGCUGGCAUACAAUGGACUCCUAAACUUUGGCAAAUUUGAUGACCUCACAUAUGAGAUCUGGGAGUUCAUUCCAUUCCUCUUGAUGGGUAUCAUGGGGGGCUUGCUCGGUGCUUUGUACAACCACAUCAACUACAAACUCACCGCAUUUAGGAUGAAGUACAUAAACAGGCCCUGGCGUAAAAUUGUUGAAGCUGUGUUUGUAGCUUUCAUGACAGCUGUCGUUGCCUUCCUCAUGAUUUACCUGCUCCAUGAUUGCCGUGAGAUUGACACCAAGUCGUCCGAGUACCCGAUUCAGAUGUUUUGCAAUUAUGGAGAGGAAAAUGCAGCAGCAGCUAUCUGGUUCCAGACACCAGAGAAGAGUGUUCGUUCUCUGUUUCAUGAUCCAACUGACUCGUUUUCAUGGACAACCUUGGGAGUGUUCUUCACUUGCUACUUCUUCCUGGCUUGCUGGACAUAUGGACUUGGUAUCCCAUCAGGCCUUUUCAUCCCGACACUUCUGUGCGGUGCUGCCUGGGGUCGCCUUGUAGGAAAGCUCAUGUCGCUGCUCUUUCCUGAUCAGGCUUGGGCUGAUGAAGGCAAAUACGCUCUUGUGGGAGCUGGAGCAAUGCUGGGUGGCGUUGUGCGCAUGACACUGAGUCUGACGGUCAUCUUGAUGGAGUGCGUUGGCAACAUUACCUUCGGCUUGCCACUGAUGAUCGUCUUGAUGGUGGCCAAGUGGGUUGGGGAUUUCUUCAAUGAGGGCUUAUAUGACAUUCACAUUCAGAUGACUGGCGUACCGAUUAUGGCGUGGGAAGCUCCGCCUCUCUCAAAUAACAUUUAUGCCUCUGAGGUAUGGAAUCGCCCAGUUGUUUCUUAGGUGGAAUUGUAGUGCUCAAGUCUUAUUCCUACAAUGUUUCCAGUAGUUGAUUUCUUCCCACUGGGAAGCAAUGAACGUUACUUUAAGUCUUUCGGCACAUUAAGAGGGCUCAUUUUACGCUCUCAGCUCACUGUUCUAUUAAAACACAAGAUAUUCAAUGAGAAUGCAGAGAUCUGGCAAGAUGGCAAAGUAGACAUCCACUUGUUCCGGCUCUCAUAUCCUCGCUACUACACUCUAGACCAGGUGAACCUUGACCAGGCCGACAUGAAUAGCACAGUUGACCUACGGCCAUUCAUCAAUCCGUCCCCAUAUUCGGUCAUGGCUUGCACAGCCUUGCCAAGGGUGUUCAACCUGUUCCGAGCACUGGGUUUGAGACACCUGAUUGUAAUCAACGACAAUAAUGAAGUUGUGGGCAUGGUGACGCGCAAGGACUUGGUCAAGUAUAGGGUGUGGAAACACCGAGGGCAGAUGGGCCUGGAGGAACUAGUCAUUUAUAAUAAUGUCUGAGCAGUGGGAGGGCAAGUUUACAAGCUGUAUUCUUGUCUGGUGAGCUUGUGAAUGCUAGGUUGUGAGAGUAUUUGUUGUUGGGAGAUUAUUGAGGAAGAAAUUGCCAAGAAUUGCAAACAUACUAGCAGUAGAUUGGUGCGUACAACUAUAUUUUCUAAUUUCGCUUAUUAUUAUAAUUUUUUUAUUUCUUAAUCUUUUUAGAUAUUUAAAUCCCAUUUUUUUUUUAUAUACAAAAUGUUAUUUUUUUGGUUGUAGUAAUGAAGAAUAUUGGUGCUUAUAAUUAUUUCAGUAAACUGAAACUGUUGCUUAGCUACAGAUCUUCAGUAUCACUUUAUGUACAUGUUUUAAAAUGCAUUCAUAUGUUUGAGGUAGUGAACCUCUUGUAAGCCCCCUGGGUUAGUGCGGGAGGGCGGAGGAGGUUGGUCAACAAGCCUAUGGGAUCUGUGUGACCCACUUGAUAUGAUAAAUGGAAAACAGACUCCUGUAACCUGAAAUAGAUCUAUUAAUUAUUUAGGAUAUGUAGGGUAGGUUUAGGUUGUAUUUAUACAGAUCUUAGUUUUUCUAAAAUUAGGUUGUAAUUUCUUUCUGAAAGGAAUUAAGCCUGUAUUUGUUGUGAUCCUGAAGAGAAAUUGUUCCAUGUCAAAGAACUGUAGCUAAUGUUAAUUGUUAUGCUGAUGUUGACUAUAUUUAGAAUUUAUAGAUAUUUUUUAUACAUAUAAUAAUAUAAUUAUCUAUCUGACUAUGGUGUGCAGGACAUUGUCAUUACCUAGAAAUUGUUGGAAUCAAAGUAAUUCUGGAAUGUUAAAUGUUCUUCAGUGCAGAUGAUUUUAUUGGAAAAUACAGCGUGAAAUUUAGAGAACAGUGAUCCUUUCUGAAUCUAAAGACACUAUACCCAAAUGUGAUUACUUUAUAUAAGGUCAAUACUGGUGUUUUCAUUAAAUUUGGGUGAGAUUAACAAGCUUUGUCUGUCAUUUAAUGUGUUAUGAUUGAGUUUUUUGAGUCAAUUUACAUAGGAUUGGAUUUGCUAUUAACUUAUAGAAGAAUAUUUUAAGGCCACGGAGAGGCAUUCCUUUUUUCUCUUCUUUGCUUUAUAUAUGCUAACAGUAUUAAAGAAGUUAUUUGUACUUUUAUGGAUUCACUGGAGAAAUAUUUCCUUUGCAUAUUUCUAGGUGAUGGAGAGUGCCUUGUGAUAUGUGACUUUAGGUUACACCAAAAGAGGCUCUUUUGGCAAAGGAUCUAGUAGUUUUGUAGGUUAUGUGCCAGAAAUUAGGUUAUAUUGAUAAGUAUUUGAAAUUAUUACAUUUCACAUCCACCUUUUGGUAAAGAAAUGGUGAACUGAAUUUUUUUUGUCAUCAGUACCUUUUGUGGAUUCACAGAACUGAAUGGACCUUAUUGAUAUCGCAAAACUAUUGUCUAUUAAUAUUACUCCUACAAAGUGAAUAUUUGUUAUAUUUGUUUAUAUUCUCUUUCAUUCCAUGAGUUCCUCCUUUACAUCUAUUGUCUCUUCCUUGCAUCUUUGUCUCGUGUGCACCAUCUCCAACCUACUUAAAUUAAAAACUUGUGUAGUCCUUUUUUGAACAUGGAAGUAAGUAGCUUGUAUGGUGGAAGUUUUUUUCAGCAAUUUGGUUUGAUUGAGUAUUGCCCAAAUGAAAAAUUCCUUCCUAUAAGCACUAGAACAUCAUCUUAGGUGUAUGUGUUUUUUAGUAUAAUGCGAAACAUUGGGUUAUAUAAUUCUAGGGCUUGGAGAAACGGAGAGGCAGGAAGCCCAUUUGAGGGUACUACAUUGUGUAUGUCAAAGGUUUUCAGUUACAUAUUCAGAUAAUUACUAUGGGAAGUAUGAAAGGGGAUUGGAAAUUGUGUUAGUUGUAUUCCGAUGGACAAAUUAGUAAUUACGAUUAGGGAUGAAUAAUGUUAAUUGUACUUUUCGGAAAUCUUUUUCUUGAAUCUUAAUGGACUAAUAGAUAUUUAGAAGUUCAGUCAUUGACUAAUUAUAUUUCAAAUUGUUUGAAUCAGCAACUGUCUUCUUUAAUGUCAGAAGGUACAACAUUUUAUGCCUUAUGAGAACACCUUUACAUUCAUGUCACAUUUGUGUGUAGUCUAACACUAGGAGGUUGUUGAAAAGGGAUAACAUUUUAAAAAAAUCUAUGAAUAUUAAAUUUGUACCGAAACUGAUGAGUAUGAUAGUUAUUGAAGGUCUUUUGUAAUGUAUAACAUAUUCUCUAUUUUUUAACAAGUGGUUCUGGUAAAGUCCUCUAACAAAUUUUUAGUUUCAAUAACAAAAUACCUCAUAAGGUACAAAGAUCAGCUGCAUGCUAUGAAAAUAUUAGGAAAUGGGAAGGAAGUAGAAUUUUCCCUAACACAUAACUGUGUAAGCCUUCAUGAUGUGUCAGAAUAUCCCUUACAAACGAUUCUUGGUGUCUUCCAAUACCUUUUGCCAGGAACAGAACACAAAGCCUUAACUAGUACUACAGAUCAUUCCAUUUUGAUAUGGUUAAACUGUAGAAUAAUUUUUACUGUGCUGUUUUUAGGAUCCUAUAAUUAUAUUGAUGGAACAGAAAUUGCUUUUCAAAUUUCUAAAGAUUUUUAUACAGUAGAAUAACAUCCUUAUUGUUUAGGUAAAGGAUGCACAAACUUGAAGAAAGGCAUUUGCAUACACACUAAUGUAAGCACAUAACUGUUUGAUGUUGAAAAACGCUUUUGAUGAAAAAUCUCUAAAGAGAAAGGCAAUUGCAAUACAAAAUUGCUCAAGAAUUAACAUUUAGGUUCUUUAUUUGAUGCUGAUUUAUCAUACAUGCUAUUUUAUUUUAAUAAUGAGCAUUUUAAUACAUUUUGACUGCUGAAAUUCAAAACUGAAAUAACAAGUAAUGGUGUCUUCAGAAUAUUUUAACUUUAUUAAUUAUUGAGUACUAGUCGUUUUUUUAUUACCUGGCUGUUAUUCAGCGAUAUAAAGGUAGUAUCAUAAUUUCAAUUGGAUUUUACUUUUGUCAUCACUGAGCAUUGCAUGUUGAUUUAAUCUUGAUCCACAUAGUGGUACAAUUCAUUAGAAAAACACAACCAAAAGAGGACCCAAGGAAGGGAUUGUUAACAUAUUUGUAUAUCAUUCCGUAAUAUAACUUGGUAAUACAGAACAACUCAGGUGACACAGUCUACUUAAGAUAGAAGAGUAGGUGACAUUUGUACUAAAGGCAAAGUAAACACAAAUAUGAAGUGCAUUUUUUCAUGUAUUAUUUUCAUAUAUGUUGUAAAUUGUGUGUCUAGUCAAGAGGUAUUAUGUGUAUGACUAGUAUGCUAUCAUAAGAGAUUGAUAUUUGCUGAAAUUAAACUGGAGUUGGGAGGGAAAACAAAAAGAUUAUCAUGUAUAGAAAUAGAUGUCUGUGAUUUAAAGCUAUUUUGAUGAAAAUCUUUCUUAUGAAACUUUUACAAGGACCAAGGUUCCUUUGCAGUUUGUAUUUAUUUCUUUAGGCAGUAUGCAAAACUUAUUUGUAAUAUAAUAUUUAAUGUAUCCAGAAAAUAUAUGAUAAAAGAGUUUAUUGAC